GGCUGUUGCCAGAGCGGGGAGCGCACGAUGCCGCGGGCAGCGGGCAGCGAGGAGCAGCCAGCCGGAGCUCAGUGCCCGGAGCACGGCCAGGAGGUAGAGCUGUACUGCACCCAGGACAAGAAGCCCCUGUGCCGACUGUGUGUGGAGGGCGACCGGCACAGGGGCCACUCGAUCAGCCCCGUCAAUGAGUCCAUCCGCGUCUACCAGAAUGAAUUGAAGACCACUCUUGACAGCCUGAAGGAGAGGAAGGCAGUGUUUACUGCGAUUAUGGACAAUCAGGAGCGCAAGAUCUCGGCACUCAAGGGCACGGUGGAGAGCCUGGGCCGCCAGGUGACGGAGGAGUUUGCAGCCAUGAGGCGGUUCUUGGACGAGAGGGAGCGUGUGGUACGGAGGGAGCUGGCAGUGCACGCGGGCAGCCUAUUGCAGCCGCUGGAGGGGAACCUGCGGGCCAUCCAGCGGGCACUCAUCACCCUGCAGAAGGACAUCAUCCAGUGCCAGGCCGUGGUCAACCAGUGGGACAGUCUGCGCUUCCUACAGGAGUUCAAUUGGCUGAGAGAAAGGCCCCGGGAGGAGGUUCACUGCCCGGCUGCCAUCUCUGCCCAGCCUUGCCUGGGCCUCUUCAGAGGGCCACUGCAGUACCGUGUGUGGAAGGAGAUGAGGAGCUGCAUCAGCCCAGGUAACGCACCUGCAUGUCCGCAUGCUUUAGCUCACGGAGAGGUACGACUGGGGACAUGGGCAGGGCACUCACCCAUCAGUAGCUCCGCCACCAUGGGGUCUGUCAUCAUGCAUCACCCAUAGUGGAAUCACACCAAUGCCUCUACUUCCUUGGAAGGCUUCGGAAGUUUGGCAAGGCCCCUACAGCUCUCACCAACAACUACAGAUGCCCCAUACAAAGCAUCUUACCAGGAUGCAUCACACCUUGGUUUGGGAACAGCUCCAUCCAAGACCGCAAGAAAUUGCAGCGAAUUGUGGAAGCAGCCCAGACCAUCACACAAACCAACCUUCCUUCU